CAGACAAAGACAGGUUCAAUUCUCUCUGAAAGCUAAGGGAAAAAUAGCUACACUAACAUGGUGAAAAUUUUGGUAGGAUAAAUAGAAGACCAGCUCCCUCUUCUUCCUCUAGCUAGCUGUCACUCAUACCAAGUUCAGCCAGAGAAAGAGCAAGAAACACAAGAGAAGUUCAGUCUCUGAAUGUGUGUUGCCAAUUGCUGAAACUCUGCAUGUGCAUAUGCAAACUUGAAUCAGUUAGCUAACUGCAUGACAUCCAUGUCGACCGGUGUUGAAAGGGAUUGGAUUGCACCGUGAUCUUAUCUUCUCUGAGCAACAAGAAGAGGUGGAAGAAGCAAUUGAUGGAGGAGUUUGAGCUGCAGCAGCAGCCGUAUUACAGCAAGCUGCUCCUGGGUAGCCCGCUGGAGAUCGCCAAUGUCGACGACAGUGAUCUGCAGCUUGUCGCCGGAGUUCCCUCGGAUCCGCCGCCUGCGCCGCCGACGGCCGUGAAGAAGAAGAAGAAGAGAAGCCUUCCAGGGACACCAGACCCGAGCGCGGAGGUGGUGGCGCUGUCGCCGCGGACGCUGCUGGCGACGAACCGGUUCGUGUGCGAGAUCUGCGGCAAGGGCUUCCAGCGCGACCAGAACCUGCAGCUGCACCGGCGAGGCCACAACCUGCCGUGGAAGCUGCGCCAGCGCGGCGGCGCUGGCGGCGGCGGCGGCGGCGAGCCGCCGCGGAAGCGUGUGUACGUGUGCCCGGAGGCGUCGUGCGUGCACCACAGCCCGAGCCGCGCGCUGGGCGACCUCACCGGCAUCAAGAAGCACUUCUGCCGCAAGCACGGCGAGAAGAAGUGGAAGUGCGACCGCUGCGGCAAGCGCUACGCCGUCCACUCCGACUGGAAGGCCCACUCCAAGGUCUGCGGCACCCGCGAGUACAAGUGCGACUGCGGCACCGUCUUCUCCAGGCGCGACAGCUUCGUGACGCACAGGGCGUUCUGCGACGCGCUGGCGCAGGAGAACAACAAGCUCGCGCAGCCGAUGAACAUGGCGGCGGUCACCUCCGCUCUGCAGGGCCAGCAGCAGGCUCACCACCCCGUCGCCGACGACGAUGACGCCGCGGGCGUCAAGAGCCCGCACCUCAAGAUGUUCCCCGACGUCGACAACAUCGUCGCCGCCGCCACGGCCGGAAACCCGCUCUUGCCGCCGCCGCUUAGCAUGGCGGGAUGCAUGCUGUCCAGCCUCGCCGCGCCAUUGUCGUCUCCGUUCCUCCCCGGGUGCAAGCUUGGCGUGGACGCGGCGCGCGACGCCGCCAUGGUGUUCCCGCCGCCGCCGCCGCCGGCCGGGUCAGCGGCGGCGAUCAUGUCCGCCACGGCGCUGCUGCAGAAGGCGGCGGAGCUGGGCGCCACGACGUCGACGGGCUGCUACGGCGGCGUCGCGUUCCCGGCCAUGGGCAUUGCCGGCGGUCUCGACCGGCUUCCCGCCAUAGGCCAUCAUCUCGCGCCGUACGACGACGUCGUCGUGCCGGCGGCGCUGCAGGGGCAGACGGCGACGCAGCUGGUCGGGUUCGACCUGGGCGGGCUGUUGCCCGGCCAGCUCUACGGCGGCGGAGGCGGCGCGAUGACGAGGGCCAUCGGGUCGCUGAUGCACGGCGGCGACCAGCACGCCGGUGUGGUGGAUCGCCGGCGAGGGGAAGGCGUGCGCGUCGUGGACUACAUGGGCGUUGACGACGACGACGACCACGGGUGCUUCGAUGGCGUGGGCCCCUUUGGGCCUCAUAUUGGCCCAUGGGCCUAAUCCACUCCACUCCAUGAUGCAACGCAAAUGUUGUAGUGAUGUACUAGUACGUAUUGGAGUUUGAAUCUGAUGAAAUGGAGUUAACACGAGGCGAGCUUACCUUUUUUUUUAUUCGUGUUGAGACAAUUGUUUGAACUUCUGCAGAAAAUUUGAUAGUUUAAAUAUUUUUUAUUAGGUGAGAAUAAACAUAUUAAAUCCCAAUGUUCCAUGCCUCCAUGGCUAGAAAAAUA